AUGCAGUCGGUUUGUCAGAGAGUUGGCACUUGUUCCUCAUGUUUGAAGAGACAACUGAACGGCUUCCUGGGAUUAAGGAAAUGGCAGAGAAGGCUGGUUCCUGCUGGUGUGAGAACUAUUUACAGUGAGACGGGGAAAUGGGAAAAGAGCUAUGGGUUGGAGACAAGAAAAAGAGUUGAAAAUUGGUGGCUGCCAAGAAUAAAGGAUCAGUUCUGCAGAAUUUCAGAAACUGAUAAAUCAAGACCAAAAUUUUAUGUGCUUUCUAUGUUCCCAUAUCCUUCUGGGAAGCUUCACAUGGGCCAUGUUCGUGUCUACACCAUCAGUGACGCUAUAGCUCGGUUCCAGAAAAUGAGAGGGAUGCAGGUGAUAAAUCCAAUGGGAUGGGAUGCAUUUGGUUUACCAGCAGAAAAUGCUGCAGUUGAACAUGGGCUUCACCCUGCAAGCUGGACACGAAGUAAUAUUCAACACAUGAGGGAACAAUUCGAUGCACUAGGUCUGUCUUUUACAUGGGAAAGGGAGGUAACCACUUGCUUACCAGAGUACUACAAAUGGACACAAUAUCUCUUUCUCAAGCUUUUUGAAGCUGGAAUAGUGUAUCAAAAAGAGGCCUUGGUUAAUUGGGAUCCAGUGGAUCAGACUGUUCUAGCUAAUGAACAAGUGGAUGACAAUGGUUGCUCAUGGCGUUCAGGAGCAAAAGUGGAACAGAAAUACCUCAAACAGUGGUUUAUCAAAACAACUGCUUAUGCAAAGGCUAUGUUUGAUGCUUUGUCCAAUCUCCCUGAGUGGUAUGGUAUUAAAGAAAUGCAAGCAAAUUGGAUAGGUGACUGCACUGGUUGCUUUCUUGACUUCUUGCUAAAGGUUAAUGGUAAAGUAACAGGAGAGAAGCUAGCAGCUUACACCUAUACGCCUGAAGCCAUUUAUGGAGCUUCCCAUUUAUAUGUCUUACCAACUCACAGACUGCUACAUGGGAAUAGCAGUCUCAGGGAAGUCCUUCAGAGGGAGUUCAUCCCAGGAAAAGACUCACUCACUUCAGUGACAGCUGUGAAUUUGCUUACCAAUCAGGAGAUUCCUGUAGUCAUCUCAGCAAAAACCAAUUUUGAUAAUUUUCUUGAUACUAAAAUAGGAAUUCCUAGUACUAGUGCAGAAGAUGCUGCAGUAGCUAAGAAUCUGGGAAUUUCUUUCACUGAAGUCAUUGAGACAUUGCCAAAUGGUUUGGAGAAGGUCAUUAAUUCUGCAGAGAUCACAGGCAUGACUCGGCAAGAGGCUUUAAAAGCUGUUACUCAGCAGGCCAAAAAUAAAAGAAUAGGUGGGGACCUAACGAGUGACAAAUUAAGAGACUGGUUAAUAUCUCGACAGCGAUACUGGGGAACACCUAUUCCAGUCAUUCACUGCCACACAUGUGGCACUGUGCCCGUACCUUAUGAAGACCUACCUGUGGUGUUGCCCAAUGUAACCACCUUCACAGGAAAGGGAGCCUCACCUUUAGAAAGUGCUCCAGAAUGGGUGAACUGUUCCUGCCCAAGGUGUAAGGCAGCAGCGCGGCGAGAAGUCGAUACCAUGGAUACAUUUGUUGAUUCUGCUUGGUACUACUUGAGGUACACUGACCCUCACAACACAGACAGGCCGUUUAAUAGUGACUUAGCAGACUACUGGAUGCCUGUGGAUUUGUACAUCGGAGGAAAGGAGCAUGCAGUCAUGCACUUAUUCUAUGCAAGGUUUUUCAGCCAUUUUUGCCACAAUCUGAAGAUGACAAAACACAAGGAGCCUUUCCAUAAGCUCUUGGUUCAAGGUCUUAUCAAGAAUCAGACAUUCAGACUAACAACAACGGGCCAGUGUUUGAAGAGAGAGGAGGUUGAUCUCACUGGAACUGAACCAGUUCACCUAAAAACUGGUGAGAAACUCGAAGUCACUUGGGAAAAAAUGAGCAAAUCUAAGUACAAUGGAAUAGACCCUGAAGAAGCAGUGAAAGAAUAUGGCAUUGACACCCUACGUCUUUACAUUCUCUUUGCUGCUCCUCCAGAGCAAGACAUUUUGUGGGAUGCUAAAACUGAUGCGAUACCAGGCGUUCAGAGAUGGCAGACACGCAUCUGGGCACUUGUCACCAAACUCAUCGAAGCCAGGGCUUCAGGAACCAUGCCCAAUCCUGAGCUUCUGAGUAAGAAAGAGAAGGCUGAAGCCAGAAAGAUCUGGGAGCACAAGAAUCUGGUGAUUUCUGAGGUAACCGAAUACUUCACGACAGAUCAUUUGUUCAAUGCAGCUAUUUCCCGAUUGAUGAGCCUCACUAAUAUACUCCAUCAAGCUUCUCGGCCUCUUGUUCUCCACAGCACGGAAUUUGAAGAUGCUUUGGCUUCACUCUGCGUUAUGGUUGCACCUAUGGCACCGCACAUUGCAUCAGAGAUGUGGAAAGGUUUGGCACAUGUGCAGAAUAAACUUUGUCCUCAGCAUCACUGGGAUGUUGAUGUACUGCAUCAGUCCUGGCCCAAAGUAGACCCAGAAUACCUUCAGCCUUCAGAUGUUGUGGAGAUGUCUGUACUGAUCAAUAACAAAGUUUGUGGCAAAGUGUUUGUGCCUCAGCAAGCAGCUCGCAAUUGUGAACAAGUCCACGAGCUAGUUCUUCAAAGUGAGCUUGGAGUCAAGCAUCUCCAGGGACGAACCAUUAAAAAGGCCUUUCUGUCUCCCAGAACUGCCCUUAUCAACUUCUUAGUGCAAGAAUAGCAAAGGCUCUGCUGGAACUGGAAUCUUUUGAGGUGAAGCGAAUAAAAAAAUGCCAGUUAUGGUUAUUUAAAUCUCAUGUAAAGGUGGGAAAGAAAUG